AUGCUUGCUACAAUCCUUAUCGCGGUUUUUCUAAUUUCUGCUACGACAGAAGAUUGUCUGAAAUGCAUUUGCAAACGCGAAUCAGGAUGUAAGCCUAUAGGAUGCCAUAUGGAUGUUGGAUCACUUUCGUGCGGUUACUAUCAGAUCAAGCUUCCCUACUAUAAGGACUGUGGGACUCCGGGACGCAAGCGUGGUGAGUCUGUAGCCGCGGCUUGGAAGAGGUGCGCAAACGACUACAGCUGCUCAACCACAUGCGUCAAAGCGUACUACAACCGUUACAAGAGAUUAUGCCCUUCGAGUCAAGGAACUUGUCAGAAAAUGGCACGACUGCAUAAUGGAGGUCCGUCUGGGUGCAAGAAACAGGCCACAGUUGGGUACUGGAACGCCGUCAAGAAGUGUUGCGGAUGCACUUGA